AUGGCUCGAGAAGUUACGCAGGAUUUUAUGGAUAUUGAUGAUGAAAUAACUUUACAAGAUAUUACUUUUCAAGUAGUGGAGUUUCGAAAAGAACAAAUAUUCGACACUUUUUACGAAAAAUCUUCCAAUAUCACACAUCCUCAUUUAAUAAACUCCUAUUAUACUUCAAAAUUAACAUAUGGUUCUAUUGUUGUAAUAGAUACAAACUUUUUAUUAUCACAUCUUUCAUUCAUCAAGACUCUCAUAUACGAACAUGCAAAGAUCAACAAUUUUCUAAUAAUUAUUCCGUGGAUUGUAUUAGAAGAAUUAGAUGGUUUAAAAAAUGCACCUGGAAGUCUUGUAUCGCAUUCAAUCGCCACUACUUCUUCUCAAUCGCCGUAUGAUAAUCAAGCAAAUGUCAAAACUUUAGCAAAAACCGCUAUAACAUUCUUGCAUAAUUGUUUGAGUCAAAAAUUGGAUGGGUUACGUGGUCAGAAAAUAUAUGAAAAGUUGGAAAAUGCUAAGAUUGUUGUAGAUUAUCACCCUACAGAUAAUAUUAUUAAUAAUAACAAUGAUGGUUUAUUUUCACCACCAAUACAAUAUCCACAAUUGCCAAUUGUUAAUAAUCAACCUGAAGAUUAUGAUGUUACAAUGAUGGAUUGUGAUGAUUCAGUACCUUUACAGUUAGCAACAAAUAAUAUUAUAUCAUUAUCAAUUGAUGAAUCUAUGAUCAUACAGGAUGAUGAUUUAAUUUUAAAGGCGGCAAAGAUAAAUGGAUUGCAUCCUAUUUCUUCUGUUCAAACAAUAGCUUUUUGUUCGUAUCUUCCAACGGCAAUGAUUUAUUACUUUGAAAAAUUCCUGGGUCAUGAUUGGACUUAUUUUGUAAAAGACCCUGAACCAUGGAGUAUAUUGACCAUUUUCAAAUUAUUAGAUCGAUAUUGGUUUACUGUUUUUUCUGAAGUUUUCCAAGAUUCUAGAACAAUACAAGAAGUCACUAUUGUUAAUGCUAGAUCAUUUAUAGAUCAAUGGCAAAAUUCAUCAAAUAAAAACUAUUCAAAUCUCAGUUACAACUACAAUAUGAUUGAUGAUAAUAAUAAUAAUAGUUUAACAAUUCGUGAACUGGUGCAAUUCAUACAAAAUUCCGAAACCAUCAUUAAAUUGAUUUAUAGUGAUUUAAAAGGUACAAAUUUAUCAAUUUCACAACUAAACGCAAUAACUGAAAAAUGGUGGCAGGAAUUUCAAGCUUCACUUUAUUAA